AUGAGUGCAUUAAAGUAUCCUUAUCUGAUUUCAAAAGUCGCGGACCCGAUCUUUGGAAUCUUCGUCGGCGCGGCCGCGUUCUACCUCUACGAACGACGCGACGACAGGGAGCAAGAACACACGCUAUACUACCUUGCGCAGAAGCGGUUCGCAAAGGUGAAGAAGGACGAUAACGCUGUUGAUGCGGGAUUGACUGCGACGCAGCGCGAGCGGCGGAUUGCGGAGGCGGCUGCGUUUGAGAACUCUGCAAAGUGA